AUGAUGCAGGUGCGACGUGUAUUGUAUUUUCUGGCUCUAAUUUUGAGUGUUGCCUCUGUUUGCAUGGCGGCUGCUGAAGCUGGAAACUCCGUAAGUUCUUCUUCUACCUCUUCUAACUCUGUUGAUGGUUGUCUUCCUCCUCCUGAAGAUGAUGCUGAUAAUAUUCGUGAAACUCCUCGUGAUAUUACUAAAUAUUGUGAUGAACAGCGUCGUUCUAAUGCUCCUCCUGCUGAACCUCCUGUUGCUGCUGCUGGUGCUGCGGAAGGGAGUAACGGUUCGUCUCCAUCUGGAGGUCAAACUGGAGCCAACGUCAACAAUCCAGCAGGUGAAGGUGCAGUCAACGCGGAGAGUACAGCAACAGCACAACCCACUUCUCCUUCUCCCGAAUCUUCAGACACAGAGACUGCCAAUGGUUCUGGCACUGCAAACGAUGGGGGUGGCAGUACACCUGCAGGGAGUGAACCAUCCAAUAACCCAAGUGAUGAGGAAUCAACAACUACUACUACUAUGCCAAGACCCGAGAAUACUACCACAGAAGCACCAACCACCACUCCAUCUGCUGUACCCAACGCAGAGAUCAUCACCAUCGCUUCCACAGUUGAGAAGAAUAAGGCUAAUGUUGACAGCAGUAUCAGUCCUUUAUGGGUGUGCACUGCAGCACCGCUACUGAUUGUGGCUGUGUUGUUCUCCGCUACCCUGUAA